AUGCGACUAUCACAGGUCGCUCAAUGCAGCACCUUCACGCAGGCCUCGCAGUCACAAGAGAAGCGUGCCACCUGCUUGGCUGGGAAAGCUGCCUACAGGGCUUCCUUGAGAUCAAGGCUCAAGAAUGCACAAUGGCUUCUUUGUAACGUAAGAAACGCUGCUGCCACAGCGAAAUCAAGGACAAUAGAGACACUUGACCGCAGGCGCGCCCGUCAAUCCAGGGUCGCUGCUACAACAGCGAGCGCUAGGGCUGCUGAGACACCGCUCCGUAGAUAUGUUCGAAAUGCUACGAAUGCUGCCACCUCUGCCAGGUCGAGAGCAGCUGAAACAUUCGACCGCAGGCGCGCCCGUCAAUCCAGGGACGCUGCUGCAACAGCAACUGCUAGGGCUGCUGAGACACUGCUCCGUAGGUCGAGAGCAGCUGAAACAAUUGACCGCAGGCGCGCCUGUCAAUCCAGGGACACUGCUACAACAGUUAGGACAAGCGAGUCCGAGACAGAACUGCAGCGGGCAACCCGUAAUGCCCGCAACGCUGCAGCGAAUUCUGCUGCCAGAAACUCCGAGGGCCCACAGACAAGUGCAAACAGACUUUCAAGAGCUGCUACAAACAUGGCCGCUGUGCGCUUAUCUCAAACUCCCCAAGCUCGCUACACACGCCUCGACGGCGACAUUCAGCGCCUUGCGGCUGCCCGUGGUAUUACCUGUCUCAAUAGCUCUUUUUGGUCUUUCUUGGUUUUCAAUUAUGACCCCGGCAUUAACUUAACUACGCGUGACGACAUCAAUGUAGGGUCCAUGACCUGCGUUAGCCAAUUCUGCAACGCCCGCAAAUGGGCCGGGGAGGCUGCUGGUCUGUGCUGCUCCACCAGCAAAGUUCGACUGCCACCUCUGCAUGAAACACCUACCCAGUUGAGUGGAUUAAUAGCCGGCUCCCAUCCAGACUCCAACCACUUCCUUAAAACAAUCGGGCAAUACAACAACUUACAAAUGACCUCAUUUCGGGCUCAUGUCAAUUCUUUUCUUUAUAUUCUUAAUAUUUAUUCCAUUUUGAUUCCUGUCUCGUUUUGUCUUUUUCUCGCUUCUUUCUUUCUUUUAUUUGUUUCUUUCUCUGUCUUCUCUUUCUUUGCUCACUCUUUCUUUUCUCACAUCAUCAUUUGUUUCUUAAUAUUUCUUUUAUCUCUUUUUUCUUCUUUCAUUCGCUUUCUUCUUUCUUCUUUUUUAUAUUUCUUUCCUUUAUGUAUUUCUUCCCUCUCUCUUUUUUUCGUUCGCAUUUCUCUUCUCACUUUCUUUAUUCACUUUAUACUUUCUCUUUCAUUCUUUCAUUGUUUUUGUUUCAUCCUUUCUUCUGUAACUUUCUCAAUUUAUCCUUUGUUUUUUAUCUCUACAUAUUUUUCUUUCAUUGCUUUUAUUUCCACUUUCUUCUCGUUCUUUCUUUUUCUCACGUUCUCUUUCUUUUGUUCGUCACUUUCUCAUCUCCUUUUGUAUUUUUCGCUUCUCUUUUUUCUCAUUUACUCUUUUUUUCAUCUUUCCCAUUUCCAUUCUCACGUUGUUUGUUUUUGCUACCCGUUUUCUCUUCCUGAUAUUUCCUAUUGUUUAUUUUUAUCUUCUUCGCUUCAACUUUUCUGUCUUUCUUUGCUUCAACGUUUCCGUCUUUCUUCUUUGCUUCAACGUUUCCGUCUUUCUUCUUUGCUUCAACGUUUCCGUCUUUCUUCUUUGCUUAAACGUUUGUUUCUUGUUUGCUUCAAAAUUUCUUUCUUCCUUCUUUGCUUAAACGUUUCUUUCUUCUUUGCUUCAAUGUUUCUUUCUUUGUUUCAACGUUUCAAUUUUUCUUCUUCGCUUCAACGUUUCUGUCUUUCUUUGCUUCAACGUUUCUUUCUUUCUUCUUUGCUUCAACGUUUCCUUCUUCUUACUAUCUAUCUUUAA